UUCUGUACAUUCUUAUUUUUUUAAAAAUUGAAGGAAUUCAAAUAGAUUUAAAAUAAAGAACAUGCCGUUUAAACAAGAUACUUUUAGAAUAAAAUAUGAAACUUAUUAACAGAGUUAGGACCAGUACAACAACUACAUCAAAAUAUUUAAUGUCCAACUACCAAACUAAUAUGCUAUAACACAGAGUCAGAACUCAACUUUCAUUGUUUCAAAAUUUCAUAGCAAAAAAUGGCUACAUCCAACUGUGAAACUCUAAGAAACGUAACUACUGGAAGAACCGACUGGAAGGUUAAGGUCCGGAUUAUCAGAAUAUGGAGAGGUUCUACCCUAACUGGAGUUCCUUUCAAAGGAUUCAAUCUACUGUUUCUAGAUUCAAAGAGCUGCAGGAUGCAUGCCUGGGUACCAGCAGCUUUAUCUGAUAAAAUGGAAAGACUGGUGGAGGAAGGCAAACUAUACCUGAUUAAAAAUUUCCAGGUUCAAAACUAUGAAGAAAAAGCUAAGUAUCGUGCCGUACAAAUGGAUAGGCAAAUUGUCUUCACUGCAGAUACAAAGUUGAAGGAAAUAGAAGAAACUGAUAUAUUCAUCCCAAAAAACAGUUUCGACUUAUAUGAAUAUGCAGACCUCAAAAAAGUUGCUGAUCAAGAUCUCUACCUUACAGAUGUGUUAGGUUUCAUUCAAAAGAUGGAGGGUCUAAGUAGAAAUGCAAGUAACAAAGUUAAGCUAAAGUUCAAGAUCACUGAUGGAAGAAAAACAAUAAAUGUUACUUUAUGGGAUGCAUUUGCUGAAGCUUUUGAAAAAGAUUAUAUGAAGGAGAAUCUGGAGCAACCUGUUAUUGUCAUAAUUGCAAGUGGUAGAGUCACAAAAUUUCGAGAUCAACUUGAUAUUUGCAACUACUCGCCUACCAAGAUCUACAUCAAUUAUGAACAUCACAGUGUUGCAAGACUCCGUAAGAUGCUGAAGGAUCCAAAUUUCAACAAAGUUCAAAUGCCAAAGAAGAAAAAACCAGCACAAGUUUGUACUAUAAGUGAAGUGCAAAAUGCAUCAGCUCAGUUUAUUCAGGAGGAAGUUAUUUGUAAGGCAACCAUCAUUUCUAUUGAAACUACAGAAAUUUGGAACCAACUCAUUUGCACUUCAUGUUAUAGAGAUACUCAGAUGGAAAACAACAAACAGCAUUGCAAAUACUGUAGCAGAAUUGUUCCACAUCCAUUGAAGAGGUUCCAUGUGACAGCUAUUGCUCAAGAUGAUACGGGAGAUCUUAAAAUCAUUUUGAAAGACAGAGAAAUACGUAAUUUGAUACACAAGUAUGUGGAGGAACUGGAAACUGAGGACAAUUCUUUCCCAAAAAAAAUCAAAGAUAUUGAAGGAAGUGGAUACACAAUCAAACUGUUGAUAACAUCAAGAAAUGUGGAGAAAAGGGAUUUGUCCUACAUUGCUACAGACAUAGUGACUGGGUACAACUACAUAGAUGAAAGCGUACAGCAGAAAGAUUCAUCUAUGCAGACUUCAACUUCUGCUGCAGAGCCAUCAGGAUCAUCAAUCCAGUUGGACGAAAUAUCUCAGCUCGACUACGCAACACAGUGAAAAGGAUAAGUGUGGAGAGUAGCUGAAGACGUUAAGGAGAUGCUCCUAUUUUACCCUGAACUUUAAUCACAUUUUACUUUUCGGGAUUAUGUAACUUAAGUACUAUUUGUUAACAAACAUUGUACUAAUCUGUGUGUAAUAUUUAAGACAAUGCAAUCUUUGCUAAAGCAAACUAGAAUC